UCUCCCGGCCUGUUCGAGGACAAUUGAUAAGCCCCACCAAUAUGUUGGUAAGUCCUCAACGGGGUCGAAAUAAGCUUACAUGAGGCGCUUGCUUGGUCCCAAACCAAUGGAGAAAUGACGGCCGUGGCUUGGGAUACUUCUGCGAGACCUUUCCCUUUGAACCUAUUGUCUUGUUCAAGACUUCGUUAGCCCGCCGCGAACCGCACAACUUAGAAGUGAUUGAGAAGCAGUUGAACUCAAAGCUUGCACGGUAACUUCAUCGACCCUCAGUGACACCAGGGUCCAUUUGUAUCUACUUGAAUGUAGGGGCCCUUGAAUAUUGGAACCUGCAACGGUUUCUCAGUCAGUCGUUCCUCGAAAUAUUGCCGUGGACUGCUGCUGUUGCUGAAUUUGGUCACCCUCGGCUGCCCUCUUCACUGGUUGGCACAGGCGGUUUCUGAAGUGUGCUGGUCCUACCUCUGUCCCUACGGGUCGUAUGCCGUCAUUCCCCUGCCGGCACCACCAGCGUGACAUCGUCCCUCGUUUUUGGCGAUCUUCAACCCGCCCGCUCUCAAACUCCUCGUAUCGAUGGACCCCACGUCUGAGAACGUCUGGUGUCACGGCCAACAUGCAACGAUUCACACCGUGUAUGGCCGAGAUGUCUCCUUGGUCGCCGUGAAUACUAGAGCAAUUUACACAAUCGCGGAUGAGGUUGUGAUUGAGCUCGCCCAUUCCCGUGGCCAACCCCGCAAAUACCUGGAUCGAGGAUAAUCACCCGAGCUAAGUGGCAGGCGUGGAGACGACAUGUCAUGGACAUAAAGACAGCAUUCCUUCUUUUUGCCGUCUCUCUUUUCCCCAAUGUUGACAUCACUCAUAUCGCCAACGAAUUACCUACCUUUAGACUCUCGACCGUCAUCAAAAUGUACACCUCUUCCAUCCUCACCACCCUCGCCCUGGCAACAGCAGCCAUGGCCACAGGCAGUGCCAGAACACCCAACGACUUCUCUCCGGGCUUCAUCCUCGUCGUGCACGUCACCAACCCCGACGCCGACUUCACCCCCACCGUCAACAACGCCGCAGUCAACAGCAUCCACGCCGGCCCCGGCUUCCGCGUAGCGACCAUCUCCACCACCCUCACCGACGGACACGUCUUUUACGAAAAUGGAACCCUAGACCAGGUUGAAGACGGGGAGACAACCGUCAUCUUUGACUCUGCCACGCCCCUGACCCCGUUUGGGAUUCUGGUGCAGGACCCCACGGCGCCGGUUGACAAUAUUGCCAUCAAUGCUGGGCCGGGGAGUUAUAAUACUGUGGAUGGGGACCCGGAGGUGAAUGCGGCGUUGGUGAAUGGGUUGGGGGAGGGGACGUACCUGGUUUGUAAUGCGACGGUGCCGUAUUAUCACCGGAACUUUUUGACGUUGCAGGCGAAUUAUUCCCGGGCCUUGUGUGCUGUGCAAGGCCGACGACCCUGGAGGAUUGCACAAGGAAAAGGCGGAGACUUGAGGAGAGAGGGACUGACCUCUGGGUGA